UCAAAGUCUAUGAAUAGUUCUGAAUCGAUUGGAUGAGAAGCCAGAACGUAUUACAUGAAAAUAGGUGGACACAUGACUAUGUGUAUUAAAGCAUCUCCUUUCGUAUCUUCCGAAAAUCCGUGAUAGUUGUGAACCCAGACACUGAUUCGCUAAACAGGUCUAGAAUAUGGCACCCAGGAAUGCUAUACAGACAGAGGAAGAAUCGCCUAGAGGUGUUGUGGAAGAUGUACUUCUUUCGGACGAAGAAACGGAAAAGCGCAAACAUGUUCAGAUUGUUUGGAGAAACGUCAUUUUGAUGGUCCUUUUGCACGGUAGUGCGCUGUACGCUUUGACGCUCAUACCAAAAUCACACCCUUUUACAUGGCUCUGGAGUUUUGUCUACUAUUUGUUUGCUGCAUUGGGAAUAACUGCAGGGGCGCAUCGUCUUUGGGCCCACAAGUCGUACAGAGCCCGGGGUCCACUCCGGUUUUUCUUGGCACUGAUGAAUGCUGCCGCUUUUCAGAACGACAUUCUAGAUUGGUCACGUGACCACCGAGUCCAUCACAAAUACUCAGAAACAGAUGCUGAUCCACACAACGCCAAGAGAGGUUUCUUUUUCGCCCACAUUGGCUGGCUGCUGGUCAGAAAACAUCCCAAUGUCAUGGAGAAAGGGAAGGGGCUCGACUUCUCUGAUCUUUAUGCGGACAAAAUUGUCAUGUUUCAAAGAAGAUUCUACAUUCCUCUGAUGAUUUUACUGUGUUUCGUCAUACCAACAGUUGUUCCCUGGUAUUUCUGGGGAGAAUCUCUGUGGAACGCAUAUUUUCUUGCCGCCAUUUUACGUUACUGUAUAGGACUUAAUGCCACGUGGUCUGUGAACAGUUUCGCCCAUUUAUGGGGCACAAGACCCUAUGAUAAGCAGAUUAAUCCAGCCGAGAAUUUGGGUGUGAUUCUGAGUGCAGCGGGUGAGGGCUUCCAUAACUACCAUCACACUUUUCCCAGUGACUAUUCCACCAGCGAGUUCGGCUGGCAUCUAAAUAUAACCACAGUUUUCAUUAACUGUAUGUAUUACUUAGGACAGGCGUACAACAUGAAGAAAACCCCUGACAAAGUGGUCCAAAUGAGAAAACUUCGAACAGGGGACGGAAGUCCUUAACAAAAACUAAACCUUUUUUUAAAUUUAUUUUGACCGUAGACUUUUAUUGUUUCUUUCGUUAUUUUUGAGAAAACUGUAAAAGAUGUGUUGUGAUAAUUCCAAUGUGGAAUGUUUUAUGUUACAAACUGAGUAUUUUGUUAUACUUUUAUGCCAGUGAUUUUUUUUUUAAGUUUUGAGUUGGAAAAAAAAUCAAACAAUAAAAAUAAAUUCAUGAAAUAAAAUCGAUAUAAUCCAAA